UUGUGGAUGUGAUACCGCUGGCUAGAUGAGCCCACCUCGUGCAUACACCCGCCACUUCACAGUAUUGUAAAAAAAAAAAAAAAAAAGUAGGCUUCACACGCACGUCUUAAAAUAAAACCAGGGUCUCUGCCAACUGUCGGUCAGCUACAGUUUGAUCAUGUUGUUUUUCGUCAGUGAACAGGCUAAUCUAGCAAAAUGUGAGUGUAAUGUUAGCACUAUAGCUCACAUAGCUAUGCUAAUGUAGUUAACGUUUGUGCAUUCCUGUCCCUCUUCUUAAUGUUUCGUUGUUGUAUGUGAUGUCUGGCAUCUAUUAUGUUGGAUAAGUGCUCCUCCGAGACUAAUAUAACAUUAACAUAGUUGAAAAAUGGUACAAUAUGAUAAAACAAAGAGGAUAGGCAGAUAGGGGAAUGUUACAGGGAAAGCAAUGUGUUUUCAUUCAUUUAGGCAUUUGUAUGCUGAAUUUAGGCAAAAAAAAUAUGUAAAAUUGUCUUAAAUGUGCUUUUUUUUAAAACUAAUAAUAGUCCGUAUUCAACCACGGACCAUCAAGAUUUAUCAAUAUAUUUUUGGAAAACCGUGAUAGAUUGAAGCCGAGAAAUUUGAGUCCCCCGCAAAGUGGCGAGGGGCUACUGUACUCCAUAAAUGUCUUAAUUGUGUACAGGAUAAAUCUUGUCCGGAAUGCUCGGAUUCCGCAGCGUCCUCCGCGAUCUUUUGGAACUGGUCAGGUGUCGAGAGUUGCCUCCAUCUGGAAAAAAAACUUUCUGGCUCUCAUUUUCGAGAAAAAGCGACCAGCAGACUUCCUAAUCAGUGACAUCAUUGUGGUGAUGUGGAACCACCGAGGUGACAACCUAGCAUGCUUAGCUGGACUUUACUCCCUCGCAUCCUCCUUAUAAACGCACGCUUGAACCGUGCAGGACUCGCAGUAUUCAGCGGCGUUCUAACUGAACAGCCCCCCACCAGAGUGUCGACCAUGAAGCUCCUCUUGGUUCUUGUUUUGGCUCUUUUGUCUGGUUGCAAUGCCAACGUCAUGCGGCCCAACCAGCCCAAGGCGCAGGUCGACAUGGUGAAGGAAGCGUUUUGGGACUACGUCGCCAAGGCCACCUCCACUGCUGAAGACUCCCUGAAGCUCAUCAGGCAGUCUGAGCUCGGAAAGGAAGUCAACACCCUCAUCUCUGAGAGCACCGGCGCCAUCAACAAAUUCACAGAAGCUCUUCGCUCUCAGGCGACCCUGGACUUCACGUCCCGCUUCUUCGAGCAAGCCGAACAGCUGAAGAUCCGCCUGGAAAAGGAUCUGAAGGCCUUGGGCGCCAACCUGCAGCCGUACGCUGACGAGGUGGUGACGCACUUGCAGAAGCAGGUGGAGGAACUGAAGAAGGAGGCGUCCGCCUACGCUGAGACCUUGGACUCGGAGGCCCUUAAGGCUGCCGUGCUGAGGAAAAGCCAGGAGCUGAAAGGCCACCUGGACAAGAACGUCGACCAGCUGCAGACUCAGAUGGUACCUUACAGUCAAGAGCUGAAGCAGAAGAUGGAGACAAGCUUGGAGGACUUCCGGAGGAACAUGACACCCCUGUUUCAGAGCUUCCACAGCCAGCUAACAGAGAAAAGCCAGCAGUUCCAGGAGCGGUUGGUUCCUUACGGGGAGGAGCUGAGGGCCAAGCUGAACGUCGACACCCAGAACUUGAAGGACCAGCUGGCUGCUCUCUGGAAUUCUUUCACCAAGCUGACACAGUAGAGGUUCAAUAUCCUCUUUGAUGAUGAUCAUCAGAUGGACUCAUGAACAUUAGUCUACCUCAAGUCUUCUAUUUAAUGUUUGACAUCAAUAAAAGUGUUUACACUUUCAGACAAUAAA